AACAUUACAACACGAAAUGUCCCCUUACGACCAAAGUAGAAACUGCAGCUUCUGAACACGGGCUUUUGUUUUCUAUGCUUAAAAUGUAGAACUGUCAUUGGGCACCACGAUUUUGUUCUUUUUACUUCUAUUCCUUUGUUUUUAAGGGCCAUAGAAAUUCUGCGGAUUAAUUAGUUGCAGUUUUUUUCUUUUUUAAUGGUAGUAUAAAGUAAUCCGUGCGAGCCGUAUCCACCUUCCUUAUCGCCUUCAAGUACCUUUGCAGUACUUGGCACUGCUGUGGGUUCAGUCGGUCUCAGCUUCGUAUGAUCGGACGAAGCAGAAAAGCAGGACAUAAAGAGAAAUAACACAAAGGGAUAAACAUGUUGCAGAGCCUCGCCGGAUGGAUAGGCGCUGUUAUUUAUUACCUGUUUGUAUUACUUGUGAUCGCAUUUGCAUGUUACUGUUUGUACAUAAAGUACAUUCACAUGAAGUAUGACCAUAUACCCGGACCCCCACGAGACAGCUUUUUUUUAGGACAAUCCCCUUCAAUACUAAGACGGUUCAAGGCAAACCAGUCAGUGCAUGAUUUAUUCCUGGAAUGGUCUCUCAAGUAUGGCCCUGUCUGCCGAAUCAACAUGCUUCAUUAUGUUGCCAUAACCGUCGCAAGUCCAGAAGCCACAAAGGAAUUCCUGAUGUCAUCAAAAUACCCCAAGGAUGCUUUUGUCUACAAAGGUCUCUUCAACUUGUUUGGGACAAGAUUUAUGGGAAAUGGCUUGGUUACGGACACAGACCACGAUCACUGGUACAAACAGCGCCGGAUUAUGGACCCCGCCUUUAGCAAUACGUACCUGAGGGGGUUAAUGGAGACCUUUAAUGAGCGUGCGGAGUUUCUGGUAGAGAAGCUGGAAGAAGCUGCGAAGAACAACACAUCUGUGCACAUGCACAGCCUGCUCAACUGUGUUACCCUUAGUGUCAUUGCCAAGGUCGCCUUUGGUAUUGAUGUGAAUUUGCUAGAAACUGAGUCUCCAUUUCCCAAGGCCAUAGAGACAUGCUUGAAGGGUAUGGCGCACCAUUUCAGAGAUCCAAUGAUACAGCUGAAGCCGUGGAUGUGGGGUUUUACUAAAGAGGUGAAGGAGGCCAUACGAUUUCUACGUAGGACUGGGGAAGAGUGUAUCAGGGAGAGGAAGAAUGCUAUCAAGAAUGGGGAGGAGGUGCCAAAGGACAUCCUUACCCAGAUUCUGAAAACCGCCGAACUAGAGGAGCAUGAUGAUCAUGAGCAAAUGCUGGACAACUUCCUUACUUUCUUUAUAGCUGGGCAAGAAACCACAGCCAAUCAGUUGUCCUUUGCUGUACUGGAACUUGGAAGGCACCCUGAAAUACUAGAGAAACUCAGGCAAGAGGUGGAUGAUGUCCUGGGUGUAAGGCAGGACAUUCAGUAUGAAGACCUUGGGAAGCUGACCUAUAUGUCCCAGGUCCUGAAGGAGACACUCAGAUUGUACCCCACAGCUCCUGGAACCUCACGGUGGAUUGCUGAAGACAUGGUCAUAGAAGGAAUUCACAUUCCCGGAGGGCUUCCAGUUGCAAUGAGCUCUUAUGUGGCAGGGAGGAUGGAAGCGUUCUUCCCGGAUCCGCUGAAGUUUGAUCCUGAAAGAUUUCACCCUGACGCCCCAAAACCCUACUACACCUACUUUCCCUUUGCCCUGGGACCUCGCUCCUGCCUCGGGAAAACCUUCUCACAGAUGGAGGCAAAGGUUGUGCUGGCCAAACUGGUGCAGAGAUUUCAUUUCCACCUGCUCCCCGGCCAGUCCUUUGAGAUCAUGGAUGUGGGAACUCUGAGACCCCGCAGUGGAGUUCUCUGCAAUAUAAAAUCACGAAGUCAGGCUUCUUAAGCCUGGGCCGCCCAGUGCAACAGAUCAUCAUCACUUUACAGUCAGGAUCUUAAUUGCUAGAAGCAGGCUGCAUUCUUCAUAGGGGCAUGUAAGGUUUCAGCUUAAAAAAUCAACCACUCAAUAUACUCGUACUACUAAAUAUCCACUAAUAAAUACAUUUAAGUCUAAAUUUCCUGCAUGGCUGGUACUCUGGCUUAUUAGUUAGCAUUGUUGCUGCUGGCCUUCGCGGUCUGUGUGCGUACUUCACUUGUGUUCCUUGUAACAUGUGUGUGUCCUCUGGUGAACUUCCAUGCCAUACAGAGUCUUCCCCUGCCGCCUGCCCUGGCUUGUCUGGAACAGGCUUCAGGCCUCCUCUCUGUAACCCUGACAAAUGGUUAGAAGAGUGAUGGAUGGAUGGAAUUCCAGACAUUUUCUUGUUUUAAUGAGUGAUGUAAUUGAAUAUACAAUGGGGUUCGUAUGCUGUGUCAUAUUAAACAAUGAUGAAAAAAAUCAA